AUGCAGGAUUGGAAAAGAUGCGCCAGCCAAAGACCUACGGUUGAAGAAUGCCCGUGGAGGGGAGGCCACUGGGCCCCUGAGCUCCAGGACGCCCAUCGGAAAAGCCGAAUCAGAAACACUCUCGGUCGGCGGGCCAGCCCGUUCCUGCGGGAGCAGCCCGGGAACCUGUAUAAGUCUCGACCGAUUGCAGGAGAAAGCGGCCGAAGCGCGGCUUUGACGUUCUGCCACUCAGGGCCCCACGAACGCGAUCGUACUCAGGUUCCGGGGCUUGGUCCUGACGAGAUGGCGGAGGAAGCAGGGCAGGCCGAAGCCGAAGCCCGGGGAGCGGGCGAGGAAGGCAAGCUGCGGCCGAGGGGCGCCGCGGAGCCGUCCUCGCGCCGCCUGGUGCUGCCCCCCUCCUGGCUGUCCCCGGAGGGCCAGUUGCCCGCGGGGCUCGGGAACUGGUAUCCGGCCCUGGAGGUCUUGGACGUGAGCGGGACGGGGCUGUCGGUGCUGGGCCCCGAGCUGCUGGACUUGGCGCAUCUGCACACGCUGCUGGCGAAGAAUAACCGGUUGGGGUGCCGCGGGUCCCUCCCGAAGGGCCUGGCCAGAGCCCCCCUGGGCCGGUCCUUGCGCGUCCUCAACUUGAGCGGCAACCGGUUCACGCAUUUCCCCGCCUCGCUCCUGGGCCUCUCCCGUCUCCAGAGCCUCAGCCUGGGGAGCAACCGGCUCCAGAGCAUCCCCCCUGCCAUCCAGGAACUCAGCAGUUUAGAAUUUUUGUAUCUUGGAGGAAAUUUCAUUACUUCCAUUCCACCAGAGGUAGCAAAUCUGUCAUCACUAAGUUAUCUAGUCCUCUGUGAUAACAGGAUACAGAGUAUUCCACCUCAGUUGGCACAGUUGCAUUCACUUCGCUCUCUUAGCCUCCACAAUAACUUACUGACAUAUCUUCCCCGGGAGAUCUUGAAUCUAGUUCAGCUUGAAGAACUAAGUUUGCGUGGGAAUCCUUUGGUUGUGAGGUUUGUCCGUGAAUUGACCUACAACCCUCCAAGCCUCCAAGAACUGGCUGGACGCACUAUCAAAACUCGCAAUAUUCCUUAUGUUGCUAAUGAUCUCCCUGGAAAUCUCCUUCGAUAUUUGAGUCUGGCCAGCAAUUGUCCUAAUCCAAAGUGUGGAGGAGUCUAUUUUGACAGCUGUGUCCGCCAGAUAAAAUUUGUCGACUUCUGUGGGAAGUACCGUGUUCCACUGAUGCACUACCUUUGUUCCCCAGAGUGUUCUUCCCCUUACAGUUCUGCAUCUCAGAGCUCUAAUUCCCAGAGUGAAUCUGAUUCUGAAGAUGAAGCCAUUGUUGCUGCACGCAGGAUGCAAAAGGUUCUUUUGGGAUAGGAAGAAGAGAUAGUACAAGAAGCAAGUGCCUGAUGUCCUGUGGAAUGGGCUUGCCUAUGUUAUAUCAUUCACAGAAAAUGCACCUGUAUCCAUGAGAAAGCCACAAAUGCCUUAGGGAGAAAUUAGUAUAAAGACUUAUUACAGCUUAUUGCUGUCUGGAAAAACACUCUUAAAGCUUGUAGUGUUUCAGGAAUUCUUGGCAUUGGUGACUUGCUAGAGAUGUUUUAAACUUCAUCUCUGGUACUGGCUUUGAAGUGGAUUAUCUUCAGUCACUGUGAUAACAUUAAUACUUAUCUAAGAAUACAGAGUGGGAGUUCUUUAGUAAUGUGGUUAGCAAUAAUUGUACUUGAAUAUUGUUCUUCCCAUAAAGGUGCUUGGGCUUUAUAUAUUUAUUUUUAACAAACUUCCUUCAAAAUGCACAAAUAUCAAAAUGUGUUACUGCUUUCUUUAUUUGGCUUCACUGCCUAUGAUCAAAUGUUAUGCUAUAACAGCAUUAACGUGCCUUUCCAUAUUUUUAUACCAGCUCCAUUUUUCUGUCCUUCAGUGCAUUCCUAAAUUGUAGCUCCAAAAAUUUGGCAGCAAAAUUAUUGGUUUUUGGUAGCACUUUUUCUAUUUUUGACAAAAAACUGAAAUAGGUAUAUUAAUGUGUAGCAAAAAAUAGACAAACAGAAAAACUAUACUUUGCCAGUUAAAUUGUUCCAAUUUCCUCUACGGGAGCUAAAUUCGUGCUCCCUAUAGCUAGUUCUUUUGAAAGUUGUGAUUUAGCAGUAUUGGGAAAGUUUCUAAUUUCUGUAUUAUGCCAUAAUGCAUCAUUAGUGCCUUCCUUGGGUUUUCUUCUUGAAGCCUGCCAUUUUCUAACUUGUGAGAAAGAUAAAGAAUUCAUUGUUUCAAAGUUCAUUUAAAGCAAAAAUGCAAUUUUUUUACACAUAGCUAAGUGCCAUUGUUUGCCACAUUUUAUGUAAUGGGUCAUAUUAUGAUGUAUAAUUAUAUAUGUAUCCAUAUGUUUAACAUAAUAUAAAAGUCAGAUUUUUACCAAUCAAUUUAUUCCAUUCCCUUUACUGCAAAGUUACUUACAUUAUAACCUUCCUCUCUUCCCUUGUUCAUACUCACAUUAGAUUUUAUCAUAUGUGCAUUGCCUUUUUGCAAGACUCUGACCCAAACUUCCUGCCUCUCACAUUUCUAAGCGUAUUGAAGUAUUGAAGAUAUAUUUAGGGAUAUGUCUAGUCUUUACAAAAGAUGAGUUGCUGUUAUUGGGCAUCAGUAGAUUUAUCAGUGACUAUUGGUAAACUUACGCAAUCAUUUUUCAGCACACAACAUUCGCAAUAUCUCAGACAAUUGUGACUCCCCUUUUAAUACAGUAGAUAUGCUCUUCACAGGUUUGUGGAUUGAUCUUUUUGUUUGGGCUCUUCAAUCUUUUCUGGAGUGGUAUUUCCUUUGCAGAUUGAUUGACUGUUCUCAAUAGUAAUCACAUAUUGUGUGCUGAGUAAAAGUAAUACUUUUGCAAUGGACAGUCUCUUUUCUGAAUGACAUUAGGAAUCCUCUCAGCUACAUAGAAAUCUAUGUAUAAGUGAGAAGGGAAUCUCACAUAGAAAGAUCCCGGCAUUUUAGGCAAGGUUACAUUGCAAGAUGUAAAAGAAAUUGGGAUCUACAGCUAUUUAUACUUUUCCAUUGUGGCUUGUGUCUCCAGUGAAAGAUUUUCUGUUUGAUAGGUUUGGUUUGUAGACAUGCAUGAAUACGUAUAUAUCAUGAGCCAUAGUGGCGCAGUGGUUAGGGUGCAGUACUACAAGCUACUUCUGCUGCCGGCCAGUUGCCUGCAAUUUGGCAGUUCAAAUCUCACCUUC